GCUCUGGCGAGACCAUGGCCACCACAGUGGUGUCAACUCCAGGCGGGACAACCCCAGCUGCAGUGACUCCAGUUAGAACCACGCCUGAACCGGAGAAAGUUUCUGAAGUCCAGGAACAAGAAAAAAUUCUGUCUCCAAAUUUUCUUUCAGUAGCCCAAAUUACUGAAUUACUAGCAGAGAACAUAGAUGGAGUUGAACAAAAAAUGCAAAAUUUUUUGAAUUUUGAUUCCGUUCAAACAUGUUUAAAGAAAGCUGUUAUACUAGAUUAUUAUGUGUCUGGAUUUUUGUGGGCUAAAGGAAUGGACUUUUCUAUAAAUCAGCUCUCAAAGUUCAUGACUUUACUUGACACGAUGCUUCAAAAUCUUAAAAUGCUUCAUAUGUCCUUAGAAAGCAGCAUAAAAUGGCUCGGAGAAACCAUGGCUGAAAUGGGACCGUCCCAUUCAAGAAAAAGUGAGGAACUGCAUAUCUUUAAUGUCAAACAAGCCAAUGCCAUUAUUGACUAUUUAAAGAUAAGCUUACUUCAACACUACAAGCUCUAUGAGUUUCUGUUCUGUUCUGCCAGGGAACAAAUGGUGAUAGGAACUGAGCAAGUGAUAGAGGUUGUCAAGUCUUCAAGUUCCUUUUUCCCUGAUCCUUUAGAAGAAGGAAUCUCAUUAGAUAUCUACUCAACAUUUAUAGAAACACCACCAACACUGACUGUAGAAACAAAAAGACUGGAUCAAAGACAAGGCUCUGAGCAACCCCAACCAGAAGCCAGCACUUCCAAUAUGGAUCCUUUAGUUGAUUUCACCAUCGAAGAUAUAAAAUCACUGCUGGAUCAAGUCACAGAUGAUAUUUUAAUCAACAUUCAGACCGAGAUAAACGAAAAGCUGCAAAUACAGGAAGAGGCCUUUAAUGCACGAAUAGAAAAAUUGAGAAAGGCCUGAGGACUGAGAACAAGGAGAGUGAUGCUAACUUCACAGAAGUAAACAGAACCAGCUAGAAUAAUAGUUUCUCUAGGGUUUGAUGUCUCCCAUUUAGUUGGGAGAGAAAAACCAAACCCCAUUUUUUUAUUAUCCUAAGUAAUUAGGAAAGUAUUGGCCCCAGUUUUGCUAUCUUCUGUUCCAUAAUAGUCUCUAAAUUUAUUGUGCUAUAAGUAGAAAGAACAUUUUGUAUACAAGAGUUUGAAGGAUUGUAUAUUAAAGCACAAUUACUUUUAUGAUGCUUCUUUGACAUUUUGACUAAUAAAUGCUAUUCAUCUUGAA